GCAUGCGCCCUCGCAGCGCGGCCGUCGCCAUGGCGACACCGGCCGCCGCCGCCAUGAUCCCACCGCCGGACUCGCUGCUGCGGUACAACCCGCCGGUGCUCGUCAGCCGCCGCGCCGAGCAGCGCUCCCCGCGGGCCCCUCCGCUGAAGGGGACCCCGUUGCCGCCCGCCCCGACUGGGCCCGUCCCACCGCCACCCCGCGCGGCCGCCGCCGCCGCUGCCGCCGCGAAGCAGCCGCAGGAGAUCCUGAACGCCAUCCUGCCGCCGCGGGAGUGGGAGGAGGAGAACCGGCUGUGGGUGCAGGAGGUGUCCAGCGCACCUAGCAGCCGCCUGGACGUCAUUCACCUGCAGGAGCAGCUGGACCUGCGGCUGCAGCAGAGGCAGGCACGGGAGACCGGCAUCUGCCCCGUGCGCAGGGAGCUCUACUCGCAGUGCUUCGAUGAACUGAUCCGUGAAACUACAAUUAACUGCGCAGAGCGAGGACUCUUGCUGCUUCGAGUCAGGGAUGAAAUCCAAAUGACAAUUGCUGCUUACCAGACGUUGUAUGAGAGCAGCGUUGCAUUCGGGAUGCGGAAGGCACUCCAAGCUGAGCAAGGCAAAUCCGACAUGGAAAAAAGAAUUGCAGAGCUAGAAGAGGAAAAGCGGAUGCUGGAAAGAGAAGUGGGUGAACAGAAGGCUAAAUGUGAAGCUAUUGAAAAACGUGAAAACGAAAGGCGACAAAUAGAAGUGAAGAAACACACUGAAGAGGUUCAGUUCCUGAAACGAACGAAUCAACAGCUGAAGGCCCAACUUGAAAGCAUCAUUGCACCAAAUAAGUAGAUCUUUCUGUCGUCCUCCAGGCAGCGCUCAGAAGAGCUGUCAGAGCAAAAAGUUUGCAAUUAGUGACAAAGAUUUGCCUUCAUAAAACUAUCUUGAAUUUUCACUUACCGGUAACUGAAGGCAGCGUAAUUGUGGUAUUUCUUUCUUUGUCUCUUGAAGAGUUGGAAUUCAAGAGCUUCACUAAUUCCUGCAUCCUCUUUCAAUGCCAUCCCAGCAUUCAGCUCCUUGAAUAGUGAACCUAUCUGGGACUUGCCUGUUGGGAAUAUGCUAGACGACCUUCAAAGCAAUGAACUAAUAAAGGUUUUUAUGCACAAACAUCUCUGUAAUAUUAUUAUUUUGAAAAUGUAGUAGAAAAUUCAGAAACUAUAUACUAAGAAUGAAGUUGCAGGUAAUCCUUGGCCAGGUGUUUGGAGGGUAAUUCCCUGAGUAUGUGCAAGUUGGUGUUAAUUGUACAUCACAACCCCUUGCCAGUAGUAACCCAGGAUGAGCAACGCCAAAAGGUCUCUACGUGGUUAUUUCUAACGAAACAAAGGCGUGCGGUACCGUUCCAAGCAUCACUUCUCAGCGGGAGCCAAUGAAAUCUUUACGCGAGGCACCUGCGCAACUCGCUGGUCACCCACAGCAGGCAGACAUGGGAAAGAUAAUUCACUGCAGUCACAUGAACUCCAAAAAGCUAGUUUCCGGGGAAAAAAAAACCCAGAGAAACCCAAACCCACCACCACUAACGCUUCAGGAUGCGUUUUGCCAGUGCAGCGUUAGACAGUGAUGUGGAAAUACCACGAUCUCCAACUGCAUAAAGAACUUUC